GGGGGGAGGAGGCGUGACCAAUGGGAAUGUGAUUUUUUCCCCCUUCCCUAUUAAGCCCGCCUCUUCUGAACGGUUAUUGGCUGAUAUGAACAGAAGCGCCCCUUGUAUCAGGCGGUUCAUGCCUGAAUACAGACUUUAACUGCUGAGAGAAACCAACGCAGAAGCUCCCGGAUUCGCCUAACGAUGUUGUCACUCUUCCUUUUCCUAUCUCUGUGGUGUAAAGGGCUUCUGCCAUAGAGAUUACAAGGGCUAGAGCGAAGCCACUUAGGAAGCCCAUACAUAGCCAAUGGGGGCUCUCAACUGGUGCCGGAAGUUUGGGCCUUUUGCCACUCUAUAACCUCACUGUCGCCGGAAGUUCAACAAUAGCUGGGGUUUCGCUGUAGAGAUGGUGAGGUUUAAGAACAGGUGAGGCUCUUUUCUUUCCUUUUUAAAAAACUUAUCGCUUUUCUGAGGCGGCUAUUGGUCGGUUCACUUCCAUGGUUAGCUGCUCCCUGCCUUGCCUGCUUUAUUAGUUAUUUGAAGCCUGCUUUCAAAAAAAUUUCUUCGCCUAAAAAGGCUCCCAAAGUGGUUUACAAAUGUCCGUAAUAAUAAUAAUAAUAAGAAGAAGAAUUUAUUUAUAUCCCGCCCUCCCCAGCCGAAGCCGGGCUCAGAGCGGCUAAUAACAGUAAAAUGAUACAACAUUCUAAAAUCAUUUCAUUAUAAAGUCAGUUCAGAUCAGAUUAAUGGCAACCAUUGGGCUAGAGUUCAGUGAAGAAUUGCCAAAGGAGGGGGUCAGGCUGUGCCUUGGCCAAAGGCCUGGUGGAACAGCUCUGUCUUGCAGGCCCUGUGGAAAGAUGUCAAGUCCCGCAGGGCCCUAGUCUCUUGUAACAGAGCGUUCCACCAGAUCGGGACCACAGCCGACAAAGCCCUGGCUCUGGUUGAGGCCAGCCUAACAUCUCUGUGGCCCGGGACCUCCAGGAUGUUUUUGUUUGAAGACCGUAAGAUCCUCCGUGGGACAUACCAGGAGAGGCAGUCCCGUAAUAAACAUUACAGGCACGGAGGGGAAUGGGGAGGGGGAGGAGGGAAAGCAAGCUCAGUCACAUUUUCGUGGUUACAGAAUUCCAGCAAUGACCAGCUGGAAUGAAAUGAUUUCGAGGAGAAGGAUCCCCCAAGGUUGCUGGUGUUUUAGCAGAACUACAGUGGUACCUCGGGUUACAGACGCUUCAGGUUACAGACGCUUCAGGUUACAGACUCUGCUAACCCAGAAAUAUUGCCUCGGGUUAAGAACUUUGCUUCACGAUGAGAACAGAAAUUGUGGUCCAGUGGUGCGGCAGCAGCAGGAGGCCCCAUUAGAUAAAAUGGUGCUUCAGGUUAAGAACAGUUUCAGGUUAAGAACGGACCUCUGGAACAAAUUAAGUACUUAACCCGAGGUACCACUGUAAUUGAGAGGCCCUUAAUCCCCAUCUCUUCCUCUCCUGUAAACCUGACUGGAAUGGCUACUGCAGGUGAUAGCUGGGAGAGGAGCCUGACAGAGUGAAUGUUUCAUGGGUCCUUCGUAGCUCAGCCACCUCAUCACCUUUUGCUCUGCCGUAAUGCCCAUUUCUCUCCGUCUCUGCAGAUACUUCGUUUGCGAGAUCAUCUCCGAGGACCCUCAUUGUCUGCAGCUUAUUGAGGAGCGCACUGUGCACAACGCAGUGAAAAAUGCUGUUGCACGAAUUCACGGAGACUUUGGACUAGCCUGCUGCUCCAUCGCUUUUUCAGGUCUGGCUUCUGGAGCUUUCUUUGCAGCCCAAUGUGCCAACCUCCCCUCUUUAAGGAAAUCUGUGCAGUUUGGGUUCCUCUACAAUCUCCCUUUAGCUCUCUGUCUGUCCUGUGCUUUGGAAGAUAUGCAAAUUUUUAUUCUAAAAUGAGAACUAUUGACCAUUCUAGUAAUUUCAGACCUGCUAGCACACCAGCCGCAUAUUAUGGUCCCCCAAAUACCUGGCAAUUCUCCUGCAGUCACAGGAAGGCUGCAGAUUCAGGAUAUAUUUAGCGUGUUGGGACCCAGUUUAUGCAUACCUGGUGUCAGAGGUGUGUUGGUAUCUUAAGUGCUAACUUGGCUCCAUUAUUUUGUAUAGCAGUCUUAAGAUGCAAACUGCAAAAAAUCAGAGGGCACUUUGUACAAAAUCUGUAUAGGGAGGGCCUGAUAACAGUUGUAAUUUGUCAGGCAUGGAUGAGGCAGAAUAUCCCUGAGCAGAAACUACUCUGAAGUUGAACAGGCUACUACACAAGUUGAAAAUAUCAGUUGCACUUCAACAGCACACUUGCUCUUGAGAUUUAAGUUUGGUGAACAUUGAAAACAAAUUCCUCUGAGACAAUCAAAAAGCAGUUUUUCCUAUGACUUCAUUCUUUGCAGGUGCCAAAAGUUAGGUGUUUGAGGUUUAUUUUAUUCUCACAAGCUGGGUUGUUGGGCUGCUUAAAGAUAUUGGGUGGCUUUAGACAGGUCACUGAGUUUCAUGUCUGAGACUGGGAUUUAAAUAUGAUUAGUCACUGCACAGAUAGGCUGCUUCCAUAUCUUUGCCAUCGUAUUUCCGAACUUGCUGCUAAAAGCAGCUAAGGAAACAUGGGUUUCUUUUUGGGGUGGGGGUACAAUUACAUUUUGCUCCUGUCCUGUUGAAAGCCUGUGCUGAACUUUGAAGGGUCUCUUCUCUGUGUUGUUCCAGUAAAGUACCUCAACGCUUACACAGGAGUUGUUCUGUUGUGUUGCCGGAAGGACUUUUAUCGGCUACUUGGUUCAUCUCUUCCCUUCAUCAGUCACCUGGAGAACAAGAAUCAGUGUUAUCCCUGUUCUUUUAACACGCUAUAUGUUGGAGGUGAGCUCAGUUCUUUAGGAUUCUUAUUUUUCAGCAGUUUAAUUUGCUCAGUGGUCUCCUCUUGUGUGCUGAAGUCUCUUAAAUGGGGAUGCCUAGACUUUAUUUUUGUGGCAAUUAUUUGCUGAAAGUGAACAAUGUCAGGGUCAUUCAGUCUUACCUAAUACUGAAUAUACUGGGCACCAACAAUAUCACAAAUGUAAUGAUGCCAGAAGAUGUUUGUUCAAAGCAGCUUAUAAUAACUAAAUAUAAAAAAAUAUUUUGGGGUCAUUCCAAAGCAGGUGAUUCAAUUUUUUUACUUUGUGCCUCAAAUUUUCUUAAUAUUUUCUACACAUGUUGAAUGAUCAAAACUGAGUUUAAAUUUAAAAUUAUAUUUUUUUAACUCAUCCCAUUUAUUAAGUUAUGAGGGUUUCAGAUUUCAAAAAAUUGACAAUUUUGGCCUUGUCAGGCUACACAAAAACCUUAAAAGCUCAGCCCAGAAUUGAGAUACUUCGAAACUAAAAAUACUGAUCUCUUCAGAACUUUAUGGGCCUUAAUAUAUGUCACAUGAUGGGCUUACUUGAAAAAAUUAAGUUAAAUUUUAAAAAGUGAUUUUAAAAAAUACAAUUAAAAUUUUUCCCAAAAAUGUAUUGAUUAUUUAAUAUUUCUAAGAGCUACCUGCAAAAUUUCAUAUUGGGAUCUAAAUGGGAUCACAGUACCAAAAAAUAUUUUGUACGUACAUGCCUGCCUUAUUGGGUUCUAUUUAGGAUAAAUUGGCCUUAUUGGAGUAAAAUAUAACAGAAUAAACAAGACUUCAAACUAUAGUAUCAGUUACUUCAGGCAUUUCCUUAGAAAGUUAUUCACUUAACAGGUAUCUGAAAAGCUAGUCAAGCUUUUCUUUUUAAAAUGUGUUCCAAAGUAGAGUGAUAGAAUUAACGCUUCGAAAGAAUUCUUGUUUGUGAUGGCCACCAACCUAAAUGACUUUUUAAAAAGGGGAUUGGACAAAGUCAUGGGGGAGAGAGCUAUGCUCUGUCUCCAAAGUCGAAGGCAACGGUGCUUCUGAAUACUGUUUGCUGGUUUCCCACAGGCAUCUCUGUGGCUGCUUUGAGAUCAGGAUGCUGGACUAGAUGGGCCAUUGGCCUGAUUCAUCAGGGCUCUUAUGUUCUUACCCAUUAGUUCACUCCUCCUCUGGGUUUCCUGCUAGAGUAGAGGUUGUCAACCUCUUGGAGUCAAUGGUUCCCUUGACCAAUUGCAUUAUUUCUGCAGCACCCCUGUGGGGCUCAGGAGCCCAGCUAUGUCACCCCUUGCCUGCAGAGCUGGCAGCCUCUCACCCCUUUUCACCCUUGUGGUGUUCCGUCCUCCAGGUAGCCACUGUUGCCGCCCCUGGACUCUGAACUCCAAACCCUGAUGCCCACUGCCCCACAAGGGCCUGGGAAGAGGAUGCCCCCAGCCUUAGUGGCCCAAUGGAGACUGGCCAAAGGUGAAUGUGAGGCCAGCACCUUACCUUGAGAGACAGCAGUGGCAGCUGCUGGGCCUGCAUGGGCACUUCAGCACCGGGCACUCAGCUCCCAGGCAGGCCUUGCACACAGUAAGCACAAAAAAGGCCAGUGCAACACCUGCCUGCCUGGCCUCCCACUUGUCUUGUCCAUUCCCAACAGCAAGGGCUAGUGGACUAGCUGGCUGGGCUCCCUGGAGUGCUUGCUUGCUUGCUUAUUCUGAGGCCACCUCAGCUCUUGCCAACCAGCACCCCCUGGCCACUGCAGAGGCACCAUUUGGGGAGCUGCUGCAACUAACAGCCAUGUAAGCCUUUGGGAGGCAGAGACAUGCGAGGGCAUCAGAAGAGGGAGGGAAGAAAAGAGUCACCCCUAUCCCUCAAGGCACCCCAGGGUACCAUGGCACACUAGUUGAAAUCCACUGCACUAGAGAAUUUCAAGAGGAUUGCUGUAGGACAGGCAUGUCCAAAGUCUGUUUCAGGGGCCUAAUCCAGCCCGCCGGAUUCCUAUGGGAAAAUCCUUAAAAAAACCUCAACAACUUUAGUUGGCCCUUUGGUUGGCCCUCACGGCCCUUCACUUCAUCAAAUCUGGCCCUCUUUGAAAUAAUAAUAAUAAUAUUUAUACCCCGCCCAUCUGGGCGGCUUCCAAUCAAGUGUUAAAAACAACACAGCAUUAAAUAUUAAAAACUUCCCUAAAGAGGGCUGCCUUCAGAUGUCUUUUAAAGAUAAAAUAGCUGCUUAUUUCCUUCACAUCUGAAGGGAGGGCGUUCCACAGGGCGGGCACCACUACUGAGAAGGCCCUGUCUGGUUCCCUGCAACCUCACUUCUCACAAUGAGGGAACCGCUAGAAGGCCCUCAGCGCUGGGUCUCAGUGUCCGGGCUGAACGAUGGAGGUGGAGACGCUCCUUCAGGUAUACAGUUUGGACACCACUGCUGUAGCAUGUAAGCACAGUUGCCUUUGCUUCUGGCGUUGUUGAUGCAUAUGCUCUCCUUUUCCUCCAUCAGCUACAAUACGGAGGUGUCAGAAAUUCCUAAUCCAGUACAACAAGGACCAGCUGCUCCUGCUGCUACGCAAUUGCUCCAAUGAAGGUAACAAACUGCUUGGCUUGCAACGUUAAAAUGGAGAAAGGCUAGACUAGAGCCUCUGUGAGAAGAAACAUUAAAACAAUUAAUUGUUGAGCUUGAGGCAGAGUGGAAUGUGGAGGCUGCUUCUCUCCUAGUGGGUUCAGGUGGGGCACCGCCUCUCCCUCUGAGCAGGUUGUGGGUUCUACUGAGUUUCCAUUGAUCUGGUUGUGGGUAGCAUGCUGCUGCCACGUGAGUAUUUACCUAGUGAAGGGCUGCCUGUUAGUUUUGUGGGAGCAUUAAAUAACAACAACAGGGUUGUGGGCCAAGCCACAGCUAUAAAGGGACAUCUAGAAGCCUUACAGUACACUCCAGAUUAUUUCUCAGGCAGGUGGGGCAUUCAGCACCAAUUGCAACCCUUGCCAGGACUGGCUGCAUUUGGGAACUCAAGUGCAAGUCUUGCUUUUGGCAGGGACUUUUGUAGCCUGCUGCUUCGAAUUCAAGAAAAGCCUGCAAAUGAAGAAUCGGCAGCAUACACAGUGUGCCCUUAAUUCUCCUUUUGAAUCAUAUGAUACCUGGUGGCUGAUUAGCACAGGGAGACUAGCCAUUUUUCUCAAAAGUGACCCAUGUAGGGUGAGGCCAUAACCAGUUCUGCACCCAUACCUACUGGAUAGGGUAGCAGUGCAGAUUGCUUCCAGGCAAUCUCUGUUUUUUAAAAAAGUUUCUAGCCUUUACAGCUGGUAGGCUGCCCAGAAUCCUUUGCAACAGUAGAAGAGGGCUAACACAAAGUUAGAAAAGCACCACCCUAGACUGCCUUGUAAAUCACAAUGUCUUUUGAGUUUAACUUUUCUUUUUUACACAGCCGACAGACAAGCCAUCCAGAAGUCGAUGCAGAGCUGUGCACUUGUGGGAGAGCAGCAGUUUCAGAGUCACGAUGAAGACAGCGAUGUUAGCACAGAGAUGGCCUGAACAAAGCAGUAGUCUGGGGACUCUUGUAGGACAAGGCCAUUUAUAUGAGGGAUUCUUGCUGGCAAGGAUCAAUAUUUCUCUCCUCCAGUUCUUUUUACAGCAGUUAAUGUAUAUGGUAAUAAAAUAGAUAAAAGCAAAUAGUUAUGUCCAUGUACUGUCACCUAGUUUGCAGCCUGUUCAUAGUGAAGGCUUGUGCAUAGCAGUGUCAAAGUAUGAUGCUACUGCUAGUAUCCACAGAACUCUACAUCUGCAUCUGUCCCCCUGCUGAGCUUAAUACUUUCUUGGGAGAGCAGCCCACCUGUUGCUUGCACGCAGAGCGUGUUGUAAGUUUGAUAACCCCCUGAUCUCUUAAAAUGGGAUGUCUUACUAUCACAAGCUAGCUGAAACAGAGCAGUCAGACAUUCCAUUUUCAUCCAGUUCUUCCUCUAAAGCAGUCUUUCCCAACCUGGUGCCCCAGAGAGGUUUUGGACUCCCAUCAGCCAGCAGUUGUAGUCCAACAUUUCUCAGGCUGGGGAAGGCUGCUCUAAAUCCUUGAAGGCCACAUUUGUGGUGGGCUACACAUGCCCCUUGGCACUGGGAAGAGCUAAUUGACUGCAUGGUUUGAUGGGCAGAGACCAUAUUGGCACUGAGAAUGAUGAGGCACAAUUUGCCAAACAACCGAGAAUAAUGCAACUGCAAUGGGGAGGAAGAGGCAUCAUGUGAAGUGUGUUCCCUGCCACCUUCUAAAAAUAUGUUUGGUGGUAACAGCUUGGCCUUCUCCAGUGAAACAAUUGCUGUGUCAAUAGAACCUGCAGCCAAGCGGGAAGGAAAAUAUCCUCUGCUUUGUUGUUUUAGUCUGGGCCAGGCUUUGUGCUAAUGUGGUGCCCCUUCCAUGAUUUGGAGGAGAGUGCUAUUGAUUGCUACUGGCCAUGAUAGAUGCUAUAUGCUCUGACUUCACAGCUAAAGGCAACAAUGCUGCUGAAUACUAGGUGCUGGAAGCCACAGGAGGAGAGUGCUCUUGGGCUUGGGUCUUGCUUGCUGGUUUCUCAUAGGCAUCUGGUUGGCCACAGUGAGAACAGGAUAUCGGACUAGAUUGGCCGCUGGCCUGAUACAGGCUCUUAUGUUCUUAUGACUCACUAGAUGAGAGCUGUAGUCCAAAGCAUUUGCAUGGUUCCAGGUUGGCAAAGCCUGCUUUAGGCUUUUGUCCAAAAUACAAAAAUUGUAAAUGCUCAGCUGCUAAAGCCACAUUAAAUCUAAGCUAAUUCAGCCAAAA